AUAUCACAGCAACAUUUGUGUUUCGGCUUACAACAGCUUUACAAUAUAUUCAAUCAUUUCAAAUGUAUAUCACUAAAAUACCCAUGUUAUAACUAAAUAGCACCGUACAAAUAGCAAAUUGUUUGUAUACCCACAGAGUGCACUAGUACCAAAUUUCAAUUAUAGUUAACAAUUUAGAAUAGCGAUCAGCCAAUUAGUUAGCGGUUAACAUGGACAUUGGCAAUGAGAUGCACCAACAGUUCAUCAAGGACUUCAUCCAGUCGCUGCAGGCGGGCAGUGAGGACAGCAACUGCUGCAUGAAGAGCAACAGUCGAAGCCUGAGCGAGUCAUCGCUCAAUCCCAACGCGGCUGAGUUUGUGCCAUCCUACAUGAAGAGCAGCGAUGCUGAGGAGGAGGAGGCGGAACCCCAAUAUCAACGAGAGGAGACAAAGGCAUCCGCCAGCUCGUCCACCACACUUGUGAACAAUGUGCCGGACGGCGAUGGUCCGCACAUGACCAAAGACGAGACGCUGGCUCGCAUUCAACGUCAGCUAUUCAACUUGAUGAACCAACUGGGUAACCCAAACAUGCCACUGCUACAGAUCCAGUUCAGUCUGGUCGCCAAUGGCCAGGGCAUCAAUGUUCAAUUCUUGGCCCCGGAGAGCAGCAAACGGCAGUUGCUCGACAAACAACUUUGCCAAACUGCCUCCCUUCGCCUGGAAGUGAACGAGAAUGGAUCACUAUCGAAUCGACCUGGAUAUAACUUAGCCAGACAGUUCCUGGACCGCAUGGGCGAUGCAUUGAACGAGAAGAGCAAGGCAAAGGCGCCAGUCAUAUGUCCCAAGUGCACGGCUCUUCCCAAAAAACGCAGCUUCACUGAGAUGGAAAUCGAUCGGCAAAUCGAGGAUAUCAAAGCAUUUGAGAAGCUCAUAAAUGAAGAUGCCGGCACCCGCUAUCAGGAGGCAUUCAAACAGCUGUGCCAGAAACUCGGACUCGAAACUCGCAACGGAGAUGAACCGAUGGAAAUUGAUCCCGUACCAGUCGCUAUUCCACUGGCAAUCAGCGAGAUCAAGAGCGACCCCACAGAUAACACUGAGACACAUUUUCAUGAGGAUGAUCUGUCGAGCUACGAGUGGGAUCCGUUCAUGCCAGAGUUUACGACCAUGAAGGUUUACAGGUACUCGACUCCCGAUGGCGCUGACGCGCGUGCCAAGGCCAACAAGCAGCAUCCGGCUGCGGGGCAGAAGUCGCUGAAAGAGGAACACGAGCAGAAAACGUCAGCCCCACCGAAAACCAUUUGCCCAACUCCGAACAAUGCGUCCACAGUCUAUCCCAAACUGUACAAGGUCAACAACCAUGUCAAAUGGAGCAGUUCGCCUGGAGUUCGUAAGGCUACCACCCACAAGGACAAGGACAAGGACAAAGAGAGCAAGAUUCAGCGAUGGCGCUUCAGUUCACCAGCAGUCGUGACUUCCGGCAGUSGCACCUCAGCAGCAGCAGCAGUAACAACAGCAACACAUGCAACAACAACAGCAACACAUGCAGCAGCAACAACAACUGCUGCAACAGGAUUGGCGGCCAAGAAGACAAUCGAACGAGUGCAUCAAAAUGGCAGUCGCAUUAAACGCUCCUACCAAUUCUCCGUCCAGCCCAAAACUGGCCAAAGCAUCGUAUCUAAUGCGGCGAGCAAGACAACCGCGAAUUGCAAGCUGGAGUCACGUCCACAGCUCGCCACGUCCAAGCAGCAGCCAGACCAUGUCCAUGUUAGUAGUAAUAAACUGAGCAAAGCAGCUACCUUGAGCCGCACAGGCGGCGUAGGACAGGCGCAGGGCACUAAGCACAGUACGGCAACAGCUCAACGAAUUGUGGCGCCACGCAGCACCCAUGCCUCCCAGAUGCGGCAGUCAGAGGUGAAGCGCCGCCUAAAUCUAAUGCGGGGCGACAACGACACCGAUGUCCAGUUCAACGAGUACUUGUUCAAAUGAGCUAGUUCCCCGAUUCGUUUUAUGAUUGUGUUGUUCAUAACAGCAUCUGUCCAAUUGUAUAGCAGUCUACUUCUUUUUAAAUGAGUUGUCAAUCAGCAGAAGCAGCUUGAUUGUUAUCGUAUAGUUAGUUUGUUAGCCCGGUCGAAACAAUUCUACCUAUAUCCAUGAAUAACUAUCUAUAUAUAAAUUUUAUACUUAGCUGAGCUUAAGCUGCAAAUUAUAUAAGAUUGUUAAGCACUCAAUAUAGAGGCAGUGAUUAUGUUGUUAUAUAUAUAUUUGUUUUAGCAAA